AUGGCGUCUUCCCGCAAUGUCGAUACCGUCGGUUCUUUCUCUCAGGAACAGAUUCUCGGCAUUGGAAGAACAGGUGUGGUAGUUCGUCGCGGGGAACUUGCCAUCAAACUACCUCUCAAGUGGAGCACGAGCAGCGAUGAGGAAGUUGAAGCGAAUAUCGAAUCCCUUCAACACGAACAAUCCAUAUACAAGCGCCUGGGAAAGUGUGAUGGCGUCGUUCCUUUCCUAUGUUUCUCUGAGACAGCCACCACACUUCGCGUGAUGGAAAACGGCGACCUACGUUCCUACUUGAGACAGAAAAGGCCGCCGAAAUAUCUCCAGCUUUCUUGGUUCCGGGCAAUGGCUCGCACGCUUGCAUAUAUCCACGAACGACGAAUUAUUGUGGCAGAUAUUGCCAGCCGCAACUUCCUUCUCGACUCUAGUUUAUCAAUCAAACUCUGUGACUUUACGGAGUCCAUCAAACUGCCUCUCGAUACGUGUAUCGAAAAGGCUGACUUUGGAGGUUAUUCUAUACGGACAGAUAUUGGGCAGCUGGGGUCUGUGAUGUACGAGGUUGUUGUUGGGGAGAAAUGCGAGUUUGAUAUUUUUAAAGACAUCUCUCCAGAACUAAGUUGA